AUGAGUUCACCCAAGCGCCAGCUGCCCAUGCAUUUGGACAAGUGGGUCAUCACGGUCAGGGAGGGAAAGGACUUGACGCGGGGCGAGGCGAACGACUUCUUCCGGAAGAUGAGCCCUGUCUGCGAGCUGACGCUUGGUUCGCAGGGCCCCUUCUCGACGGGCGUGAAGCUCAACACCACCCAGCCCUGCUGGGACGACUCGAUAGAGUUCGACGCCGCCACCGCCGCCGCUGCCUUGCUGCUGUCGCCGCCCCGCCCGUCGAAGACCAAGCCGCCUUCCUCGGCGGUCGGUGGGGGCGACAGCGAGAACAAUGACGACGAUGACCUGCGGCUGCCUACGGUGGGACCGAAGCUCGAGGGCUCCCAGGUCCCCGCGGGAAGCGUGAUAUUGGAGUACAUGCUGGUCCCGGGAAUUCCGCAACCAGUGGCGCCCGUGUCGACAGAGACGGAAGGGUCGCUUUCGGGGUUGGCUGCGCGUACGACAGCCCCCUUCCGUGAGGACGGGGGUAACGACGGCAGUCGAGGCGGGGUCGGGUCGUGUUGCAUGGACGAGCUCAAGAAGCCGGCGCGGAAGCCGGCGCUUCUCGCGUGCGUGGGCGCGGUUAUCGCGGCCGUGCUCGCCGUGCGCCUGUCGGGCGUGUGCAGCGCGCGGAUGCCCACGGACCUGUCCCCCAUCCCCGUCCCCUUCAAGGUCGCCGUGGGAAAGCACAAGGGCUCCAGCACGCACCACAUCCGGCUGCAAGGAGACGGGAACGUCGUGGUGGCGAGGGGCCCGAAGCCGCUGUUGACCGCAGGAGCAGCAGCAGCCGGCGACGCUGGCGCCACCCUCUGGCAGAGCGGGCCGCUUCCUUCCCUGACGCAACAGCAACAGCGGUCCCCCGGAAAGCCCGGCGACAACGGCAAGGACAAGAGCGGCGGCGGGAGCGGCGGCAGCUGCAAGAAGUGUCAGGUCAAGGUGACCAAGGAAGGGACGCUGGCACUGACCCGGGGAAGGGAGGAGCUCGCGGUGUUCUCGCCGGCGUGGACGGAGGCGUUCUUUGACAUCCCUCCGCGCGGCGACAAGUGGUAA